GUCCCUCCAAACCACUUCCUCCUCCUCCGAUGUCUCGUCCAUCUUCGCAGCCCGGCUGUUAGCCAGUCUGAGCGUCAUCCUGCAAAUCGAGUUUGUGUUAUUCCUGAUUCGGCAACCUACUUCCCUUUUUGCUUUUCUUUUCACCGGUCCCCUGUGAUUUCGCUCCUAUUACACCAUGGCUCAAGCGCCGCCGUUCACCCCCGACAGCGAGUUUGCCGCCCUCGAGACGCCCCGCGUCCCGACGGGCAGCCUCUCCAUCACGGCGUUAGCUCGCUUCGAAUUCGAGGCCGGAAAGGCCAAUGAGGGCACCAAGAUCUUGAUGAUUGAGUGGGAGGACGAUGAUUUGACCCGAUCCUCCGCUGGCGGCGCCUGGCAUGUCUCCUGGGAAGGCAAGCAGGCUGUGCUGCCCGCUGACGAACGAACCAACGACCACACCCGUCGCGUAUACUUCCUCCUCCCACCGCAUGUCACCAUCCCGCCGGUCGUCACCUUAUCGUAUGAACCCCCGACCGCGGAGUCGGCUGCCAAAAAACACUCCCUGCAGCUGAACCCCCUGCCAGCCAUCUUCCCGCCCGAAUUGGGCGCGGACGGGCGGUCCGCCGGCAAGAAGGGCGUCCUGCACACAAUCUGGGGGAAGAAACGAUUGCAGUCGCUGGACAAGGAGAUCCGGGAGGAAUGUCUCACCAACGCGGAGGGGAUCGCCCUGCACAUGGCGCUGCAGGAGAAGGAAUGGAUCGAGACGAAUUUCGGAGUCGGAUCGACUGCCGACUCGCAGAGGAACUCGGUUCAGAGUAUUGCUGACCCGCGCUACCCCAUGGGCCCGACCACGCCCGUCUCACCCAGUACCGGAGGCAAACUGGGAGAAAAGCUCAAGGGCCUGCGGCUACAGACGGGCCAGCGCGAGCUCUCUCCCAAGUCGGAUGCGGCCACAAAUCAUCUACUCUCCCCCAUGUCCCCCGACGUCGCCGUGUCGUCCUUCACCUCUUUCCAUACGAUCCAGCAGCCGACGCCCAGGUCCGACGCGCCGGAACCCGUCCGGACGGUGGCGCAUUACCCGCCGGAGUCGAUCCAGGCGCAGCAGAGCCGCGACGAGAACAGCAACGGCUUCGCGUCGAUGAGCACGAUCGCGCGCACGUCCAGCGCCGACUCGGGCGAGGACCUCUUCGCCAAGGCGCUGAGUCCGCGGUCGCCCGACCUCCCGCGGAGUCCGUUUUCCUUUGCGCCGGAGCGGGUGAUGUAGUGCAAUUAUGUUUUCGUUGGCUCUUUCAUUCUCUUAUGAUUCCCCUACAGCGUGACGAUCGUGAAACGAGACAGUAUGUGUACAUAGACAGAUAGUAGUCGAGUAGAACUACUAUGCGAGCACUUUUACAAUGACCAAAA